AUGUCGGUUGAGACGGUGUCCCCUCGAGAUCAUCGAUUCCCUUACUGCAUAGUAUGGACCCCGAUACCCAUGAUCACCUGGUUCUUCCCCUUCAUUGGCCAUAUGGGCAUUGCCGAUUCUCGAGGAAUCAUAAGAGACUUUGCUGGAAGUUAUUAUGUGAGCGAGGAUGAUAUGGGAUUUGGAUGGCCCACUUGUUACGUACAACUUGAUCCAGCAAAGGUUGAAGGAGGCGUUACUGCCUUUGAUGAUGCCGUUUACCGGGCAUCAGAUGAAUAUAAAGGUCAUUUUGUAAGUUAGUUGGAGUUUUUUAUUUAUUUUUUUUUUUCAAUUUUAGCACAACCUGUUCUGCGAUAAUUGUCAUUCCCAUACUGCAUUAGCCUUGAAUUUGAUGAAUUAUAACGGAAAGUCAAGCUACAACAUGGUCUGGCUUUGCUUCUGGGUAUUUUUCAAAGGGAAGCGAAUUGGGUAAGCUAAAAUCUUUUGUUAUGUUAUCUUUGCUGUUUAGGGUAUCAGGAUGGCUAAAACAAUUCCUUCCGACCAUUAUAUGCACCGCGUUCGUCGUCUUACUCAUCUUCGGACUUCUGUAA